AUGAGCCCAAAAUCGAAAGCGAGUGCAAGUAGUCCACGGGUGAAUGAUUUACUAUCACACAUGCUUAAGAAAGUUGAAGGUUCGGAUGAUUUGUUGAAAGGGAUGAAAGAUGACUUUUCAUCAUUGAACAAUAAAGUGAAAUCUCACGCAGAUGUAAUCAAGAUACUUCAAGGUCAGUUGAGUUUACUUUCAGCACAAUUGAAACCAAAAAUCACAAUGGAAGAUGAUGAUAGAGGGCUGACAGUGGUUACUCGUAGUGGAAAUGUAGCAAUAGGCGAUGUGACAGGUAAUGAAAAAGCUCAAAUGCGUGAAGAAGACAAAGUUGUGGAGGAAGAAGAAACGCCUAUCCAUCAAAGCAUUGCCAAAGGACCACAAAAAGAUGUGGAGAAACACAAUCCAAUCCCAAAAGCUAUGCAACCUUUACCGAAAAUAUCUCCUCCAUUUCCUCAACGUCUCAAGAAGAAGAAUGAGGAUGAGAAGUUCAAGAAGUUUUUCUCGGUGUUCAAGAUAUUAUCAAUUAAUCUCCCUCUAGUAGAAGCAUUGUUUGAAAUGCCAGGUUAUGCCAAAUUUAUGAAGGAGUUGGUCACAAAGAAAAGGAGAUUGGAUUUUGAGACAAUCGAAGUUUCUCAUAGUUGUAGUGCAAUUAUGACUAAGGAGCUGAUCAAAAAGAGAGAAGAUCCCAAAGCAUUCACCAUCCCUUGCACCAUCGGCAUGCUUCAAUUUGCUAAAGUCCUAUGCGAUUAG